UGUGUAACAUCCAGUAAACGUUGUAAGGCAAGAAGCUGAAGGAGUGGGAGAUGUGAAGGGAGGAAGUAUUGUGCCGACCCAAAACUCCUCCGACCGCCUGGGCAGCAUACCACACACCCAUCAAUCAGCCUCUCCUAACUGUGACGCACACGGCGCCCAUUUGUUGCACUGCAGCUCGUGUUAGCGGUUAGCCUAACAGGGAACAGCAAGCACACUUUUAAAAGAAAAAAAAAAAAAACAAUAAUUGAUGUCUUAGGUAGCUACGGGUACAAGAAAUUCAUGUCGUCAACUCCAUCCGUCCAUUUUCCAAGCCGCUUAUCCUCACAAGGCUCAGCCAACUUUAGGCAUUAGUCAACACAUUGACGUGACCUCGCGUCACCUCUAACAUGGGUGGUGUUAUGGUAUUUUUAGCUGCAUAUUUUCAUCUUUGUAGCUUUUGCAGUGUAGUUUUUCUAUUUUGAUUUAUGAAUGACGUUAAAACCGUGUCAUUGUUGCGCUUUUUUCCUGCAGCUUGUAAGAGAAACGUUUAUUAUCAGAUUUUAUUUUUCAGCCAACCUAGUGAGGUAACUGUGCUUUCUUUGAAGCUUUAACAUGUUACCAAUGAUUCAAAUGUCAUUUUUGCUCGUGUUUGUGUUUUGCUUUUCUUUUUAGCUAGUGAGCUGAUUGUGCAGCUACUGAGCUAACUUUUGCUGUAGCGUGUAUUCGGUCGCCAAUAGCCAUCAGCUAAACGUGAUUUCUGCUUAUGAGCGAAACGUUUGUUUGUUGUUUUUAAGUUUUGUCUUUCGCUCGGGAGCUAAACGUGCUGUUGUUUUCAUUUUUUAAUGAUUUUUGAGGAAGUGUUGCGAGUGCCUUUAAUUUUCACCUUUUGUCGUGAACUGAACUUGCCAUCGUCUUGUUACUUGGUCUUUUGAUGUUACAUGAUGAUGAUGAUCAUAUAUAUAUAUAUAUACUUUAUACUUUUUUUGCAUUAUCGCUAGUGAGCUAAACGUGCCGUUGUUCGACGAGAGCGAUAACGGCCGAAGUUGUCCGGUUCGGCGCGGCCUCCCUCCGUGACAAAAGUGGAAAAAGAAAAGGUGGGCGAACCGGUCGAGCAGGUAAACCGAGGCCUCCGCCCAGAAGAGACUCCCCGGGUUGUUGUGUUCCUCUUCUUCCUCUUCUUCUUUUUUUUUUUUUUUUUUUUUUCUUCUCUCUCGUCCUUGUCACCGUUAUUUGAGGCGCGCAUGCGCCCUGCCGCCCCACGCCCUUCUCUUAAGCGAGUACCUGUGCGGGCCGCGUCCGUACCGCUCGAUCCGCCAACGUUCCGGCGAGCCUGCCCGGGGCUCCCGAAGCCGGGCUCCCUCCCUCGUUCCCUCCUUCCCUCCCUCCCUCCUUCCCUCCCUCCCAGUCGAAUAGCGGACUCGACUCCCUCACCUGCGUGCCACACCGCCGAAGGGAGAAGAGCUCAGGUGUACGCGGGCGAGGAGGAAAGACAGGAAGAAGGAAGGAAGGAAGGAAGGAAAAAGAGGGACACGGAGUUGCAGUCAACAUGCCCCGAGCCUUCUUGGUCAAGAAGGCCAACGUGUCGCCGGGCAAGCGGAACUGGAGCGAGCUGCCGGACAACGAGCGAGGCGACGUCUACAUCCCGGAUUUGCCACAAAACCUUCCAGUAUCAGCGCAUGUUGAACAGACACAUGAAAUGUCACAACGAGACCAAGCGCCACCUGUGCACCUUCUGCGGCAAAGGAUUCAACGACACCUUCGACCUCAAGAGACACGUGCGCACGCACACGGGAGUGCGCCCGUACAAGUGUGAGCUGUGCGACAAGGCCUUCACGCAGCGUUGCUCGCUGGAGUCGCACAUGAAGAAGAUCCACGGCGUGACGCUGCAGUACGCCUACAAGGAGCGGCGCAACAAGCUGUACGUGUGCGAGGAGUGCGGCCACACGGCGGCCACCCAGGACGAGCUCCUGCUGCACCUCCACUCGCUGCAUCCCGACAGCGUCUUCUUGAAGGGGAAGGGGCCGCGGCGGGGCGAGGGCGAGUCGGCGCCGGGCUCCCCGCAAGGAGCCGACAGCGACGACACCACGGGCUCGUUGGGCCACUGACGGCGGGACCGGGAGCCCGGAGGAUGGAAAGCGCAACAAGCAGUUUGACUUCUACGUGGGACUCCGACUUGUCACCUAUGAACAUUCUUUUCCACUUUUUUUUUUUUAAUCGCAUGUGAAUAUCGUCGGUGGGAUUUUAAUGUAAAGCGACAUCAUCUGCGUUUUCUAUUGGGGGGGGGGGGGGCGUUUA